AGCAAUGUCUUGCACUUGCAGAGUUGCAGUCAAUCUGUCACUGAAAUGGUGAAAUGCCAAAUGUCAACAAAUCGCUAUCCUCUUUUGCUGAGUUACUAACGUUUGUAUUAAAUCAAACUUCUGUGACGCUGUGAAAACUCUUCAUUGAGGCGCGAAGAUAAGGUACAGGAUUAUUUGGGCAUGGAGGAUAUUCCUUUACGGGUUUCCAUGGAAGAUAGAACCUUCGAUCAUGAUGAAAGUGAUUAUCUUUUAAGUGCUUCGGAAGAAGCAAAUGUCGGGUUUAGAAGAGGUCGACGCCGAAAAAGUUAUUUUGGAAUGGAAAGUUUCUGCAACAAACUACAGCGAUGCUGCUACAGGAAAAAAGAGCUGAAUUCCCGAACAGUGUGGAUUGGUAGUCAUUCCCAGCAGACCAAGGAAACAAUGGAAUACUACCCAUCUAAUGGAAUUCGUAACCAGAAAUACAAUUUUUUUACUUUUCUCCCCAUGGUCUUAUUUCAGCAGUUCAAAUUUUUCUUGAACCUUUAUUUCCUCAUUAUGGCUAUAAGUCAGUUCAUCCCAGAAAUUAGAAUAGGUUAUUUAUACACAUAUUGGGGACCAUUAUGUUUUGUGUUGUUUGUGACAACAGUCAGAGAAGCAAUUGACGAUUUUCGACGAGCUCAACGUGACAAAGAAAUCAACUGUCGUUUGUAUAAGAAACUUGUUCCAUCUGGUUUCGAACUCAUUCCAAGCUCGAAGAUCAAAGUUGGAGAUCUGAUUUUUGUUGAUAAAGAUGAGCGAGUCCCCGCUGAUAUGGUUUUAAUUAGAACAACGGAAAAGUCUGGAUCUUGUUUCAUCCGUACGGAUCAACUGGAUGGUGAAACUGAUUGGAAACUUCGUCUAGCCGUGACGGACACACAGAAAUUGACUUUUGACACUGAUUUGUUUCAACUGAAUGCCUCCGUUUUUGCCGAAAAACCACAAAGAGAUAUUCACACUUUCAUUGGAACUUUCAAAAGGAAUGACGACCCACCGAUUGAGGAUUCACUGAAUAUAGAAAACACUCUUUGGGCAAACACAGUCGUGGCUUCAGGCACUGCUUUAGGUCUUGUAGUCUACACUGGUAAAGAAACGAGGAGUUCUAUGAACAAUUCACAGCCCCGGAGUAAAGUUGGAUUGCUAGAUCUUGAAGUUAAUCAAUUGACCAAGAUUUUAUUCCUUGCUGUCGUUGGACUUGCAUUGCUGAUGAUGUGUUUGAAAGGAUUUCAAGGCCCAUGGUAUCGAUAUCUUUUUCGGUUCGUUUUACUAUUUUCUUACAUCAUCCCUAUCAGUCUGCGAGUUAAUUUAGAUAUGGGUAAAGCGUUUUAUUCCUGGUCCAUAAUGAAGGACAAAGAAAUCCCUGGAACUGUUGUACGAUCGACUACUAUACCCGAGGAACUGGGAAGAAUUUCUUACCUUUUAUCGGACAAAACCGGAACUUUAACAGAAAAUGAAAUGGUGUUUAGAAAACUUCAUCUUGGAACGGCCGCAUAUGGCACGGAAACUUUUGAUGAAAUCCGAACUCUUUUAGGGCAGGCUUUUAGUAGUUACUCCAGCGCAACACCCGGGCAACCUAGUAGUGGGAAAAUGCGCAGGACCGUGGUAACGCGAAUUGUCGAAGCGGCAAAAGCUAUCGGUCUCUGUCAUAACGUCACACCAAUUGUCGACACAAAUCAAUUUUUGCAGGUCGAUAGUAAAAUUAACUACCAAGCCUCUAGUCCUGAUGAAAUCGCGCUCGUGUCGUGGACAGAAAGUGUGGGGCUUACUCUCAUGGAACGUAACACAACGUCAAUGACUUUACGUAGUCCACACAAUGCACUAAUGAGGUUUACGGUUCUGCAGAUAUUCCCUUUCACCUCCGAAACUAAACGAAUGGGUAUCAUCGUCAGAGACGACCAGUCAGGAGAGAUUGUGUUUUACAUGAAAGGAGCAGACACGGUAAUGAAUCGGAUCGUGCUGUACAAUGAUUGGCUCGAAGAAGAAUGUGGGAACAUGGCGAGAGAAGGAUUGAGAACCUUAGUGGUCGCUAAGCGUCCAUUGACAGAUGAACAGUAUUCAGAAUUUGACACGCGAUAUCAGGCAGCAAAAAUGGCUUUAACAGAUCGAGCUGCCCGCGUAGCGGCUGUAGUUGAAAGUUUAGAGCGUGAUAUGGAACUUUUAGCAGUUACUGGAGUUGAGGACCGCCUACAGGAAAACGUAAAACCAUCCCUCGAACUUCUGCGAAAUGCAGGAAUUCGAAUAUGGAUGCUCACCGGUGACAAAUUAGAGACUGCAAUAUGCAUUGCUCAAAGUUCGCGGCUUGUUCCUCGUUCCCAAAGUAUUCACGUUUUUGGAAAUGUAACCUCGCGUACAGACACACAUCAAGAACUGAACGCUUUCCGCCGUAAAACCGAUUCCGCACUUAUUAUUCGAGGAGAAUCGUUAGAGCUCUGCUUAAAAUUUUACGAACAUGAGUUCAUGGAGCUGGCUUGUGCUGCUCCAGCCGUUGUUUGCUGCCGUUGUACACCGACUCAGAAGGCCUCAGUCGUGCGUUUAAUUCAGGAACAUACGGGAAAGCGUGCAGCGGCAAUAGGUGAUGGCGGAAAUGACGUCUCUAUGAUUCAAGCUGCUGACACCGGCAUUGGUAUUGUUGGAAAAGAAGGAAAGCAGGCUUCAUUAGCUGCAGAUUUCUCCAUUCCACAAUUUAGCCACAUAGUGCGCCUAUUGUUGGUGCACGGUCGGAGAUCAUACAAGCGAUCUGCCGCCUUAGCCCAAUUUGUUAUCCAUCGUGGAUUAAUCAUUUCAACGAUGCAAGCUGUCUUUUCUUCUGUGUUUUAUUUCGCUUCCGUUUCCCUCUAUCAGGGUUUCUUGAUGGUCGGAUAUGCCACGGUUUAUACCAUGCUUCCUGUCUUUUCGCUGGUAUUAGACAAAGAUGUAUCGUCCAAAAUUGCCAUGACUUACCCGGAAUUAUAUAAAGAACUAGCCAAAGGAAGGUCUUUAACAUACAAAACUUUCUUCUUGUGGGUUUUAAUCUCCAUCUACCAAGGUGGAGUGAUCAUGUAUGGGGCUCUAUUGCUAUUUGAUGAUGAAUUUAUUCAUAUUGUUGCAAUCAGUUUCUCGGCCUUAAUUCUCACCGAGCUCCUCAUGGUUACUCUAACUGCUAGAAAAUGGCAUGUAAUUAUGAUCCUUGGGGAACUUGUGUCUCUUGCUCUUUACGUAGCUUCCCUUGCUUUAUUCCACGAGUUCUUUGAUUCACAGUUCAUCAGGACAGCCGACUUUGUAUGGAAAGUGUGUGUGAUAACCGUGAUAUCCUGCUUGCCUUUAUACAUCUUGAAAUGUCUACACAAGAAAUUUUCACCGCCCAGCUAUUCUAAAUUAACCUAGUCAAAUGCGGUGCCUUUUUUCCUUUUCAAUCCUGCCCCAUCCCGAUCGUAUAAUCUUGGAAACCUUUUUGAUGGAUACCAGUAAAGUGAAAUCCAAUACAACAAAUACAUACGU